UCCGAAAUCUCGUUCAGGAAAUAUACCGAGAGUUUCUUGGUGAGCUGCUGCCCCUCUCUUUAACACUGGAGACUUCGUCGUGUGACGGGAAUAUUUGGUUCUGCGCAAUUGCUCGCAGUCGAGAGUAAGAAACUGACUGGGAUAUGUCGAAUAUCCUGCAGAACGUUUCUAUUCUGAAUAAUACGAAGCAGCUACGAUCAACAUGAUGCCUCGAAUCGAUCCAGAAACUGUAAAGGUUAUUCGUGCAAGUGCAAAUGUGCAGCCUACUUGGAAGCGUGAGACAGAAGGUGCGACCACGUGAUGAAUAUCUUCAUAUCCACAAGGCGUCGUACUCGGUCCUUACCUCUGUAUACUUUAGCUCAAGAACUUGACGAGUGUUGUGAUCACCGAGCUGCGUGUAGGUCCCAUCUCAUCGGGAGCCCAUCGCUUAAGGGGACGCCGAACAAAACAUCACAACGUACCUCAAUCUACUCCACUACUUUUCUGCUAUUCCGCAAUCCCAGGGAUUCGAAAUUUAUGUUUCUGUGGAUUUCUGCAAUGUUUAGCCCCUUCGGAAGAAUUGGAGAGGGAGGGGCAGUCAGUUUCAGCAUGGGGAUCACCAAUGGUUAUUUGUAGUGUCUUGCGGGCACAUCAACAUAGCAUUGUAAGGCUAGCUACCGAUGAAAACGUCCAAGUCCUCCCAAAUCAAUGUCAUGACGAUGCGAACAAAAAUACAAACUCCCAGUCUAAACUAAACCACCAAUCUCCCCAAGUCCAAAUUUGGCUUCCCAUAAUCGUCAAUAUCUCUUUAUUCAAGGGUUGGAAUCGAUGAAAGGGAGAGAAACAGUUGGUUCUUUUUCACCAGCUCGCAAAUCCCGAUAUCACGCAUUAACGAGCCAUCCUGGUAUGCCGCUUCCAAAGACAUAUCUCAGGGGUCGUGUCAAUACCUUGAAGUUUCUUCUAUUGAGACGUCUGCCUUGCUGGUGUUUGAAGAUUUUGUGGCCAAGACAGCAGAACCCAUCCCCCGUAUCUGCCGAUCAAAGCAACAUGAAAGAAAAAAAGCUCACAAUCAGUAUGUGAACAGACCUUGGAAAUUGUUACCCAGUGACAAUGAGCCUUGAAAAAUUAUAAGCGCUGUUCU